UAUUAAUCCUAUCCAAUUUAAACAUAAUCCGUGUCCAGCAAAAUUAGCUACCCUCCGCGCGCCGGCCCCAAGCCAGGCGCGGGCGGGAACUCGCGUUUAGGACUUCCGGCGCGCGAGCUCACCGGAAAUUAACUCAAACCUCGGCUCGGGCGCAGGGCGCUCCGUACCGGUGAGGCCCAGGGCAAGGCGGCCGGGAGGACGGACCGCGGAGAGGCCUGAAGACGACUCCGAAGACCACCUCCGAAGACCACCACUGGAGUCCGCCCCUAGGCAUGGGAGGGAACCGCGGCCGACUCUAAGAGCGGGGACUCCAACGAAGGCUCGCAGGAAGGCGGAAGCCGCUGACCCCCGCGGCGGUAAUUCGAACCCUCCGCCCUGCGCAUGCGCGCUGGGCCCCAGCCGCCGGAGUCUCGCGGGAUCUCGCAGUUCUUGGGCGCUCAGGUAAUAAAGCUAUUACAAUCAAAAUACCACUCUAAAGAAGAAGCAGAAAUUAUCUGUGAGAAAGUUCAAGUGAAACUCAGCAAAGAAUGCUUUCAUCCUUACAAUAUGUGCAUUACAGACCUAAGGACUUCCCACUGGGAAGAAGCAAUCCAGGAAACAAAAGGCGGUAAGGACAACAGGAGAUUAGCUGAGGAGUGUUAUUUCUUGUGGAAAUCAACACGGCUGCAGCAUAUGAGCUUGGCAGAAGAUGUUAAAGCCAUGCUCACAGAACUUCGCAAAGAGGUCCGCCUGCUCUUGUUAACAAAUGGUGACAGACAGACGCAGCGGGAAAAGAUCGAGGCUUGUGCCUGUCAGUCCUACUUUGACGCUAUUGUUGUAGGCGGAGAGCAGAAGGAGGAGAAGCCAGCACCUUCCAUAUUUUAUCACUGUUGUGAUCUCCUUGGAGUACAGCCUGGGGACUGUGUGAUGGUUGGUGACACGCUGGAGACUGAUAUACAAGGAGGUCUCAAUGCAGGGCUGAAAGCUACAGUGUGGAUAAACAAGAGUGGAGUCAUGCCACUGACGUCCCCUAUUCCACAUUACACAGUUUCUUCUGUGUUAGAACUACCUGCUCUCUUACAGAAUAUUGAUUGUAAAGUCAGUUUGUCCAUGUAAAGCACAUCAAAAGCACAGUUUCAAAUUUUA